AACAAGCGACAGAAGAAAACAAGGCAGCAAAAUCAAAAUAGAAGAUGGCGAUGAUUCCGAUCUGAGGCAGCGCCGCGAGUUUUGUUUUGCUCCGUGUGUCCUCGUGACUUCCGACGUCAAUCGACAGUACCGCGACCAGCCUCCAGACCCGCGUCCGCCCCGGUUGCCGUCGAAAUUGUUCCGCCGCGCCGCGUCAUCCCCAGGAACCGGCCGCAAAAAUUGCGUCCAAGCAUGAACUAGCAGCCCUGACUUGUCUGAGCCGCAGCAACAGCAAGCCGAAAAUGUCUCGCUCGUCCAAGUCCCGGAACCAGCAGCAGCAGCAGCCGGAAGUGUGCGGCGAUUGUGGCAGCUCAGACCCCUCGUGGGCCUCCAUCAACCGGGGCAUCCUGCUGUGCGCCGACUGCUGUUCCGUCCACCGGAGCCUCGGCCGGCACAUCUCCCAGGUCAAGUCGCUGCGCCAGGGCAGCUGGUCACCGUCGGUGCUGGCCUUCGUGAACCAGCUCAACGGGCACGGUGCGAACAGCGUGUGGGAGCACCUGCUGCUGGAUUCGGUCGCUCCGAAGAACCUGAAGCGGAAACCCGGCCCCAAGGAUGCCCUCCAUCCGGCCAAGGCGGAUUUCAUCCGGGCAAAGCACGUCAAUUUGUCGUACGUGUUGAAGCCGAGCUUGGAGGAUGGCGUUGGAAGUGCGGCAGCUCUGGAGGUGGAACUUAGCAAGCAGCUGCACGCAAGCGUAAGGUCCGGGAAUCUGGAGACCAGCUUGAGGUUGGUGGUUCAGGGAGCCGAUCCAAAUUACUUCCACGACGAGAAGGGUUCGACUCCGCUACACGUAGCUGCCCGUUCCGGUCAGCUGUCCCAGAUGGAACUGCUGCUGGUUUAUGGGGCGGAUGUGAACGCGUUGGAUUCGCAGGGCAACACUCCGUUGGACCUGGCCAAGGCCUGCAAGCAGAGUGCAAUCGCCGAACGGCUGGUGGAAGCCAUGUACGAGGUUACGGAUCGGUUAAGCCACUUCCUAACCGGAAAGAAACCAGAUCACGCUUCCGGACAGCAUUUGCUCAUCCCGGAUCAGUCGAAGAAGGACAUUAGUGAGCAGCUGAAAAUCGCCCGAGGUAAGUUGCAAUUGGUGCCGAACCGAAUGUUCGAGGAACUCGUGAUGGACCUGUACGACGAGGUUGACCGCCGUGAAACUGAAGCCAUCUGGGCGACUACUUCGCUGAAUCCGGAAGUUGGAGCCGUUCCGUUUCUACCUACGAAUCCGCACCUGAGUGCCACCAGAAAUCAGGGUCGCCAAAAGCUGGCCCGCUUCAGCCAGCAGGAGUUCAACGGGCUAAUCAGCGAUGUGCUGAUCGAUGCGCGACGUCGCCAGAACAUGGCGAACCUGCGUCCGAUUGAUUCACCGCUGCCGUCGAAUCUUGCCCAGCUGAAGAACGCAGCGGCCCGCGAGUCGAACCUUUCCGACGACGAGCCGCUGUACGAUGCGGUCGCGUCGGACGAUGAUUACGCGGCACUGGCCCCGGUCGCUCAGCAGGCUCUGGUGAACAAAUCGCCACCUGGGGGACCGACGUCCGCCGAGGUGGAAUCCCUCCGGCAGAAGCUCCAGGAUCAGGAGUCGACCAUCCAGGAGCUGCGAAUUCUCAUUCAGAAGCUGACCAGCGAAAACUGCCAGCUGAAGCACUCGCUGGAUACGAAGGAAUACGACGUGCAGCUACGAAUCGACAGCCACCUCAACGGAUCGACGCCCACCGAGGAAACCCCGGAAGAGGUCGAACCCGUAUCGGACGGCCGCCAGUACGGCAAACGACCGGUAAGUAUGUACGAAGCCAGGCAGCUCCCCCGCGACGAAAACCGUCCUCCCAUCACCCAAAGUCUGUACUCGAUGACCCCGGCGGGCGCCCAGGUGACCUCAAACUCCGGCAGCGCCGGUUCCGAGCUGAACGUGUCUUCCUCCUCUUCAAAUCUUCCACACUUUGAGGACGUCAAAAAACGGACCGACCUGGUCGCUCGCCGUAUCAAGGAACUGUUCGCCGCCAUGCAGGACCUGUCCUCGACGGACUCGUUCGUGCCGUGCGCCGAACGGAUACGGGUUGCCGUGGCCGAACUGGUGGCCAUCUUCCCGCCCACCAUGCGCGAAGAAACGCUCCGGACCGCACUCAAGCAGCUCAACUACAACACCAACCUGAUCCAGACGGAGUGCACCCGGCUGCAGAGGGCCUUCAUCGAGGAUGGAUCCCAGCAGCCGGCACAGGUUCUGUCCGACAGUAUCAAGCUUAACAUGGAGCAGGUGCGCGGCUGUGCGUACGAUUUGGCCAUGUCGACCAAGAUCUUGAUUACGCACUUUCAGGCGCAGGCUUGACGACGAACGAAAACACGCACACAACCAUUGAGAGAACCUUUUGCAAUAUCCCUUUUAAAAUUAACACGCACAAACACAAAA